AUGAGUAAGAGGAGUAAAGUUUUUUUUGAUAUAUCUAUUGACAAUAGUAAUGCUGGAAGAAUAAUUUUUGAAUUAUUCAGUGACAUAACUCCUAGAACAUGUGAAAACUUUAGAGCUUUAUGUACAGGUGAAAAAAUUGGAUCAAGAGGUAAAAACUUACAUUACAAAAAUUCAAUAUUCCAUAGAAUUAUUCCACAAUUUAUGUGUCAAGGAGGUGAUAUUACAAAUGGAAAUGGAUCAGGAGGAGAAUCAAUAUAUGGAAGAUCUUUUACUGAUGAAAAUUUUAAUAUGAAACAUGAUCAACCAGGAUUAUUAUCUAUGGCAAAUGCUGGACCAAAUACUAACUCAUCACAAUUCUUUA